AGUAUAUAGAGGAACACAGGGGUCUGUACAAGGAAGUGAUGAUGGAGAAUCACCGGCCCCUCACAUCACUGGAUGGGCCCAGUAACAGAGAUACACCAGAGAGAUGUCCCCGUCCUCUGUAUUCCCAGGACUGUACAGAGGAGAAUCACAGGACCCCACAGGAGGAUCAGGUAGAAAAUCUUUCUCGUAUAAAGGCAGAAGCUAUAAGGAGAGAAGAAGAGACGUAUGUGACUGAUAUAAAGGCUGAAGAUAUAGAGGAAGAAGAGGAGACGUAUGUGACUGAUAUAAAGGCAGAAGAUGUAGAUGGAGAAGAAGAGACGUAUGUGACUGAUAUAAAGGCAGAAGAUACAGAGGGAGAAGAAGAGACAUAUAUGACUGAUAUAAAAGCAGAAGAUAUAGAGGGAGAAGAAGAGACGUAUGUGACUGAUAUAAAGGCAGAAUAUAUAGAUGGAGAAGAAGAGACGUAUGUGACUGAUAUAAAGGAAGAAGAUCUAGAGGGAGAAGAAGAGAUGUAUGUGAUUGAUAUGAAGGUAGAAGAUACAGAGGGAGAAGAAGAGACGUAUGUGACUGAUAUGAAGGCAGAAGAUAUAGAUGGAGAAGAAGAGACGUAUAUGACUGAUAUAAAGGCAGAAGAUAUAGAGGGAGAAGGAGAGACGUUUGUGACUGAUAUAAAGGCAGAAUAUACAGAGGGAGAAGAAGAGACGUAUGUGAGGAGUGAUCAGCAGUGUAAGGAGGAGGAGAUCCCUACAGAUAUCAGCACAGAUGGGCACACAAGCAGGAACAUCUCAGAAGGACAUCUAAUGUUAUCCCUGGAUUCUGAAAUAACCGAUAACGACAGUAGACAGGAUUCUCCAGGAGCUAACCCCAUUACCCCAAUUAUACAUCCAGCUCUAUCAGCUGAUCCCCCUGAUCCUGGGGAAUGUUCUCCUGAUCACUCUGAUAUUGGUGCAUCUGUUAUAGCUCUGAGAGUAGAUUCAGUGUUUCCCUGUUCUGUAGAUGCCAAAUGUUUUACACAGAACACAAAGCGUAUUACCAAUCAGACAGCUAAGGCAGGUGAGAGUCCAUUUCCAUGUUCUGAGUGUGGGAAAUGUUUUACAUAUAAAUCAUAUCUUGUUAGACAUGAGAGAAGUCACACAGGUGAGAAGCCAUAUUCCUGUUCUGAGUGUGGGAUAUGUUUUACACAGAAAUCAGCUCUUGUUAUACAUCAGAGAAGUCACACAGGUGAGAAGCCGUAUUCCUGUUCUGAGUGUGGGAAAUGUUUUGCACUGAAAUCACAUCUUGUUAUACAUCAGAGAAGUCACACAGGUGAGAAGCCAUUUUCCUGUUCUGAGUGUGGGAAAUGUUUUGCACACAAAUCAUAUUUUGUUAUACAUCAGAGAAGUCACACAGGUGAGAUGCCAUUUUCCUGUUCUGAGUGUGGGAAAUGUUUUGCACAUAAAUCAUAUUUUGUUAUACAUCAGAGAAGUCACACAGGUGAGAUGCCAUUUUCCUGUUCUGAGUGUGGGAAAUGUUUUUCAUCGACAUCACAUCUUGGAAGACAUCAGAGGAGUCACACAGGUGAGAAGCCAUUUUCCUGUUCUGAGUGUGGGAAAUGUUUUUCAUCGACAUCACAUCUUGUUAUGCAUCAGAGAAGUCACACAGGUGAGAAGCCAUAUUCCUGUUCUGAGUGUGGGAUAUGUUUUACACAGAAAUCAGCUCUUGUUAGACAUGAGAGAAGUCACAUAGGUGAGAAGCCGUAUUCCUGUUCUGAGUGUGGGAAAUGUUUUGCACACAAAUCACAUUUAGUUAUACAUCAGAGAAGUCACACAGGUGAGAAGCCAUUUUCCUGUUCUGAGUGUGGGAAAUGUUUUUCAUCGACAUCACAUCUUGUUAUACAUCAGAGGAGUCACACAGGUGAGAAGCCAUUUUCCUGUUCUGAGUGUGGGAAAUGUUUUUCAUCGACAUCACAUCUUGUUAGACAUCAGAGGAGUCACACAGGUGAGAAGCCAUUUUCCUGUUCUCAGUGUGGGAAAUGUUUUGCACGGAAAUCAGUUCUUGUUAAACAUCAGCGAUUUCACAGAUGAGAAGCCAUUUUCAUGCUGUGAGAGAAAUAAAUCUGCUCUUGUUGAACAUAUUAGACAUUACCCAAGUACGGAACCAUUUACAUCUUCUGGAGUAUAAUUAUCACUGCCGUCCAAUGUUCCUCAAGGGUGAAUCCGAUCUCUUAUGCUUUAUAAAAUAUACAUGCUACCACUGGGUGAUAUAAUCAGACGUCAUGGCCUGGUCUACUACUGCUAUGCUGAUGACCUGCUUUUUGCUCCAUGUACUGAGAACCGAAUACCAAUCCUAAACGGUUGUCUAGCUGAGCGCCAGGGGUGGAUGAUACCAGUUGGCUGUGACUCAGUCUUUGUGAAACAUAAUAGAAGCUCACCAACAAAGGACAAGACUACAGCUUUACCAACCAUCUGGAUUUUUGCUUUGGUGUUCAGAAUUGCAAAAUACUAAACAUGUGCUGAAUCUUUGUGUUGUCCUGGUUUGUGGCUGACACAUACAUCAGGUAUCUGCCACAUACAAAUCCUCAUUCUUCCAUCUGUGGACCAUAGCCAGAAUCAGGCACUUGAUUCCCUCAGAAGUUCAUAGACUACUGCAAUGCCAUCUACCUGGGUCACCCAGCAAAAGAAUUACAGAGCUUGCAGCUAGUACAGAAUGCAGCAGCCAAGCUGUUACCUAACCAGCCCGUUCCUGCCUCCUAACACCCAUUCUCUACUCCCUUCACCGGCUGCCUGUAAGAUGACAAAUCUAUUUCAUAAUUGGCUAACUGACCUUCCCAGCCCAACAUUACAUGGUCCAAGGUACUAGAAGCAGCUUCUGCCUCCUUACUGCCCUGCUUGCUGGCUUCUACAGAUAAAGGACUGUUACCAGUAGUACCAAAAAUCUCCUGUCAUUCAUUUAUGGGUUGACGUUUAGCUUUGUAGCCCUGACCAUGGAACUCACUGCCUUGCACAGUCCAAGAGGCCUCCACUCUAGAGACCUUCACAAGCAGACUGAUGACUGUUACUCACGCUUUUCAUUAAUGUACCUCUAUUUACUUCCUAAAUAAUACAUCCCAAAUGCUUAGGUCUUUUUUCUGCUGUUUAUUUUGUAUCUUGUGCUUUGUGUAAAUGUGAAUGUGUAAUACCAGUUUGCACAAUCUGUAUUGCUGCACGACAAUAUGGCGGCCAUUGGAACGUGUUUUCACUUGUAGUUUGCCUAACUUGUUGCAGACACUCAUCUUGAUCAGGAGUGCCGAGUGUUUUCUGAUACAAGAUCCUGUCCAUAUAUACCCUGUACAUUACCAUGUGCAUUAGAGUCACCCGGGUUCCAUCUGCGGUGGUUUGUUGUAUGUUACAUCUAUAUGGUGCGGAUACUCCCCUGUAUUUCAUAAUAAAAGCUUUUGUUUGCAUUUA